GACAAGCCUCAGCUUUCCACGCAGGACGUAGUGCCAAAUUCCUGUGAGAUAUUCAACCCGAAGAAAGCAAAGUUUGGGCUCUGCUCUGGGUUCUUGGGAUGCACAUCCAUGUGCUCAGGUAGCGAAAUCACGAACAACCGGCAGGUUGCGGCCAUGAUCAUGGGAAAUUGGUCCCGCAAGAAGCCGAGCGAGAUUGCAUGAUAGGACAAGAGGAAGAGGUACGGGUUGAUGGGAAUAAGAUACCUUUUGGCCUCAGAAUUGGGUCGGCUGGUAUAUAUUAACCAGUGUCAGACCCAACUUUUCUAGGAGAUCGAUCGGCAGGAUCUUCGAUAGCGAGGAAUUCCCAUAUCAAUCCUCCUUCUCCCUAGGUUGCCCUUCUUCCUUCGUUUAGCAGAGCACAGCAUAUUCACCAUGAAGUCGCAACUGUUGAGCCUGGCUGUGGCCGUCACAACCAUCUCCCAGGGCGUUGUUGGUCAAGAGCCCUUCGGAUGGCCUUUCAAGCCUAUGGUCACUCAGGUGAGUUGCUCUCAACAGAUCGAUCGAUCGAUCUACCUUUGUCCCUGUCACAUCAAACUCCAGCAGAGCCAAAGAAACAGACACAAUGUUCCUGGGGAAUUCUUAUGGGCUAAUGUAAAUGUAUAGGAUGACCUGCAAAACAAGAUAAAGCUCAAGGAUAUCAUGGCAGGCGUCGAGAAGCUGCAAAGCUUUUCUGAUGCUCAUCCUGAAAAGAACCGAGUGUUUGGUGGUAAUGGCCACAAGGACACUGUAGAGUGGAUCUACAAUGAGAUCAAGGCCACUGGCUACUACGAUGUGAAGAAGCAGGAGCAAGUACACCUGUGGUCUCAUGCCGAGGCUGCUCUCAAUGCCAAUGGCAAGGACCUCAAGGCCAGCGCCAUGUCCUACAGCCCUCCUGCCAGCAAGAUCAUGGCUGAGCUUGUUGUUGCCAAGAACAAUGGCUGCAAUGCUGUAUGUGCCAUACACUUUCUAUACGUCACAUUCUCUCUAGAAUGAAGAGCACGGGAGAACUAACUUUAUGUAUACAGACUGAUUACCCAGCGAACACUCAGGGCAAGAUCGUCCUCGUUGAGCGUGGUGUCUGCAGCUUCGGCGAGAAGUCUGCUCAGGCUGGUGAUGCAAAGGCUGCUGGUGCCAUUGUCUACAACAACGUCCCCGGAUCCCUUGCUGGCACUCUUGGUGGCCUUGACAAGCGCCAUGUCCCAACCGCUGGUCUUUCCCAGGAGGAUGGAAAGAACCUUGCUACCCUCGUUGCUUCUGGUAAGAUUGAUGUCACCAUGAACGUUAUCAGUCUGUUUGAGAACCGAACCACCUGGAACGUCAUUGCUGAGACCAAGGGAGGAGACCACAACAACGUUAUCAUGCUCGGUGCUCACUCCGACUCCGUCGAUGCCGGCCCUGGUAUUAACGACAACGGCUCGGGCUCCAUUGGUAUCAUGACCGUUGCCAAAGCCCUCACCAACUUCAAGCUCAACAACGCCGUCCGCUUUGCCUGGUGGACCGCUGAGGAAUUCGGUCUCCUUGGAAGCACCUUCUACGUCAACAGCCUCGAUGACCGUGAGCUGCACAAGGUCAAGUUGUACCUCAACUUCGACAUGAUCGGCUCUCCCAACUUCGCCAACCAGAUCUACGACGGUGACGGUUCGGCCUACAACAUGACCGGCCCCGCUGGCUCUGCUGAAAUCGAGUACCUGUUCGAGAAGUUCUUUGACGACCAGGGUAUCCCACACCAGCCCACUGCCUUCACUGGCCGAUCCGACUACUCUGCUUUCAUCAAGCGCAACGUGCCCGCUGGCGGCCUCUUCACUGGAGCCGAGGUUGUCAAGACCCCCGAGCAAGUCAAGUUGUUCGGUGGUGAGGCUGGCGUUGCCUAUGACAAGAACUACCAUCGCAAGGGCGACACCGUUGCCAACAUCAACAAGGGAGCUAUCUUCCUUAACACUCGAGCCAUCGCCUACGCUAUCGCCGAGUAUGCCCGAUCCCUCAAGGGAUUCCCAACCCGCCCAAAGACCGGCAAGCGUGACGUCAACCCCCAGUAUUCUAAGAUGCCUGGUGGUGGCUGCGGACACCACACUGUCUUCAUGUAAAGAGAUGUUUUCAUGUUAAUGUUACCAGCUAAUGAUGAUGAUAGCUUAGAAAUGUAUAUACCAUUUUUUAAUUAUGUUCUGAACGUUGUAGAAGUAUGGGAAUUUCAAAAAGUACAUUAUCAUUGUUGUAGUUCUAAAUGUUGGAAAAGUAAGUUUACCGUGGUUGAUGCUCCGUCCCUAAACGCCGGC